AUGGAGAUCCUGGAGCCGGGGAGAAAGAAAAUUUCACGAUUUAGCCUGAAAGAUGCAUUUCAGUUUGACGAAGUUCCCAACUGUGAUCCGACGAAGGAUUACGUAGUUCGUGUGAGUGCAAUCGAUCGUCUGGAACAUGAGGGGACUUGGUCCGACGCAGUACGUGCCCAACGCACCUCCGUUGGCAGUGAGAUCGCGGUGAACAAUUUGACCUGUUCUCUAUUGUACACCGCACAGACCGGUCGAUGGAAUGCGCAGCUAUCCUGGUUCACACCGCCUAGACUGUUACGAGGGAUGCAUGUUGGCCGCUUGUUACACUACCGAGUUAACUACACUCGCAUUCGUGAAUAUACAUUCAAUCAGCAAACCGUCACACGGGAGUCCUCCGUCCCCAUACCGGACCCGAAACUCCCACCAAGUCACGUGAUUCAUUCUAUUGACGGUAUGGAGUCUGAUUCGAUCUAUACGAUUUCGGUGAGACCCGUCCUCAGGUCGGUCUCGGUGACAACACUGAAUGACCUUACUGAUCUAUACGGCAUCCCAACCACUGUGUCCUGUUCUACACCUCACGCACCCGCACUUGUCGUACAACCUCCCUGGGUGAUUGGAACAGUUAGACGAACACGAGAUUUGUCCGUCGGUUGUCCGGUGUUACACCGAGCUAGCUCAAAUCCGGAACACUAUGAAUUGCUUGCAUUACGCCUAAAUUCGGCCGGGACUGCGGCCGGGGACGAGAACAAUGUUACACCGAACCAAGUCGACUGUUUGGUGAAUUGGGUGUUACAACCGUCAACAGGACUGGAUUUGAAAUCGGUACAGGUGGACUUGACCGAUACGACAAGUCGCGUUGCAAAAACGCAUCAGAUUGGACGGGGGCAAGAGACGCAUUUGGUCGGGCGUGCUCUCCAACCGGACGGAAUGUACGCUUUGGCACUACGUGUCUGCUCAAAAAAUCCCUCCUCCAACGGUAAUUUGGAUCGCGCCAGUACAGUCUCGUUGUGCUCGCAAUCUCGUUGGAUCCAACCGGUUGGAUUGAAUCAAGUGGUGUCCGGAUUGUCAAAAAUCGGUCCAACCUCGGGUGUCGCAGCCAACACGGCCGAUUGGCCAGAUUUAGACAAGACACUUUGGUCAUUACCAAACGACCUGCACUCCGAUUCGUCUGUCUCACACAAACCUCCGUCUGAUGAUGCCACUGCACGUGGACCAGACGGUAUGCCAGCAUUGUCUUUUGAAUCAAACACCAAUGUGGAUCGAUCAAUCAUGUCUCCGGGUGUUUCGUUGACAAAUAACCGAUCGCAUAAAGGAUCCAGUCGCAUUUCCAUACUGGUCACAGUGAUUUCAAUCACUGUGCUUUUGCUUGGUCUUGGUUUGGUCUGUCUGUUGCUUAUUCUGUACAGACGCCGAAAACGUGACGAGCCUGCAGCCGCGGCGCAUACACAAGCCAAAUAUGCGCCUUAUGACACCUGGUCUCGCGAUUCAGUUCAAACUGGUGACCGACAUCGGACCGGGAAGCUGUGGCCCAGACGGUGCACACCAGCCUAUUCGACCCUACUAAGUUGGGUGAAUCCGACGAAACACAGUCCGAAACGUCAUCUGACUGGAACAAGAAGCUUAGUCGAAGUUCACGGACCACCUCCGGGUACUGUGACAUCCUAUUCGGCUGGACUGGGGCAAAGCUUUGGAGAUGAUCUAAUGGGGACUCGAACGAACGGGACACUGAACGGGUUUGAUGCAACACUGGAUCCGUUGACGGCAAGUGCUGGGCCAAACUUCGGAAGUCUGCGAGCGGAUGCAGUCCGAGCCGAGGCAAAUCGUCUACGUUUGAUGGACUCACCGAGUAGUACAUUGUACGCAAAUGAUCCGCGUGGUUUGUCUCGAGUGGACUCCGUUUCUUUAGGUCAUCGAGGCAUGCUACUCAACUCACCUUCGCCGACCACAGUGCUUCCCGGAAACUAUGCAGUUCGACUCGGUCACCAAGAUAGCCUUCCCGGAUGUAACGGAUUCAGUGCGGGUAGUUUGAAGUCAAUGACUACACUGGGAUCAAGAAAUCUGCCCAUGUUUAAACCGACUGGAUCCAUUACAUUACCAAAUGGUCGUAUCUGCGGAUCCCGGCUGAUUGGAAUUGGACAACUGAUGGAAAUAGUUCAAGCACUGAAGGCUGACAACGGUCGUCUGAUGGCGGCUGAAUUUGAAUCGAUCGAUCCGGGUGGUCAGUUCACCUGGGAGCACUCUAAUCGACCGGGAAAUCGAGUGAAAAAUCGCUACGCAAAUGUGAUCGCUUACGAUCAUUCUCGUGUUGUACUCCAACCCCUGUCGUCAGCCGACCCAGACUCAGACUAUAUUAACGCAAAUUAUCUGGACGGUUACCGGAAACAAAAUGCAUAUAUUGCUACACAAGCUCCGUAUUUCGGACAAACACAUGCACCACAGUUCGCGCAUUCCUUCUCUCGAGCCGAGUCCGUACACUUGUACGAGUAUGAUAUGGAUAUCACAGGGGGUCCACUACCUCACACGGUUACCGAUUUCUGGCGCAUGGUUUGGGAACAACGUUCGGCCAUGAUUGUCUCGAUGACGCGACUGGAAGAACGUGCUCGAAUCAAAUGUGAACAGUAUUGGCCCGGUGCAUCUGGCACGCUCGGUUACACUGGCGGAACCGGUCCCACUGGUGCACCGCGUCUUGCCCAGUCCAAACUGUUAGACAAUACGAAGUUGUGGACCAAAGAUUCCUCUGUUCCACCACCGGCUAUGUUCCGCGGAACAGGUUUCGUGAAUGUCAGUGAUGACAGUUUGGUGUUCUCCAACGAUCAUCCGCAUAGCGGUCUACUGGACGAAUGCACUAACGGAUGGAUAGGGUCUGGUAAUACAGAAGUUCUAUCUGAGGCAACCUACGGAGACCUAACCGUCGGUUUGAUUGAUACCAUGGAACUAGCCUACUACACCAUGAGAACAUUUGUCUUGCAUCGAUCUGGAAAUCAGUCAAGGUUGGACACAAAUCAACGAAUCACUGGAUCUAUCCAAUCACAAGUGCGUGCUGGUAUUUCGAUCGAUGGCCCGCAACAAGCUCGCAAAGAUGAGUUGUGGUAUGUCGUGUAA